CCAGGACCCCGGAGCUGCUCAGAUGAGAAAAGGAUGCAGGAAAUUCUGUUGUUUACACAUGUGUCUGCAACUGAGAGGCUAGCGCAGCCCUGCAAGCCCAGAGGGUCUUGAAAAACAAAUAUGAACUUAGAUUCCAUUCAUCGAUUAAUUGAGGAAACCCAAAACUUCCAGAUGCAACAGUCGUCAGUCAAACCACGCUGGGACAGGGAAGCUCCUGCCCCCUGCCCUAGGGACACCUGCGGGUCCUGCUUGCCACCUUGUGGGCUACAGUCUCCUGCAGCCUAUGAGUUUCGUGCUCCUCCGUUCAACACCAACAAAUGGGAUAUUUGUGAAGAACUUCGCCGGCGGGAACUUGAGGAAGUCAAGGCCAGAGCCGCACAGAUGGAAAAGACCAUGCGCUGGUGGUCAGACUGCACAGCCAACUGGAGAGAAAAAUGGAGUAAAGUUCGAGCGGAAAGGAACAGCGCUCGGGAGGAAGGAAGACAACUCAGAAUAAAACUCGAGAUGACCUUGAAGGAGCUGAGCGCCCUGAAAAAGAAGCAAAGUCUGUCACUUCAAAAGGAGGCGACAGAAGCCACAGUAACCCAGGACCUGGAGCUCCCUGCUCCUGAAGAGCUCUACCGCCGUGGAGACCAGUUCCAAACUAGUGCACCCACGUGCGGCUCCAUCAGAGAGUGUGUGGUGAACAGACAGCUUGCCGAGGAGGACACUAAUGGCGAGGAAGAAGGUGUGGUUCUUGAUUCAUUAAGAUUAAAUGAGGAGAUGAAACCCAAUUCAGACUGCACUGAUUUGUUCAGGAAUGGUGGUUUUGGAAGCUGUGCCGUGAAGCCUGGGCUUAGAUUGCCAGCAGGGAACCCACCCCAGAAGAAUGUGGUGACUCAAGUCUCUGCCUGGCAGCUGCCUUUGGGUGACUUCCAAGAAAUCCUGUGGAAGGAGAGAGAGAUGCGUGCUGCUUUGGAAAAGGAGAUAGAACGACUGGAGUCAGCUCUGUCGCUGUGGAAAUGGAAGUAUGAAGAGCUGAGGAACUCGAAGGUAGCCAACGAAGAAGAGUCUGACAUUCUUCAUGGUCAACAUGAAAGUGAAAUGGGAGGAAGAUCAGGAGACAUAAAGGAAGAAUCUACAUCUCAAAACAGCAAGGAUAGAACCAUCUGUGAGUUAAGAGCAGAGCUAGAAAGAUUACAGGGUGAAAAUGCCUUGGAAUGGGACAAGAGAGAGUUACUUGAAACUGAAGAACAAGGACUGGAGAGAGAAAAUACAAGGCUAAAGGUCCAGGUGAAAGAAAUGGAAGCGCUUCUGGACAGGAGGAAGAGAUUAAGUGAAAGCUUUCCAGGUCCUGCUUUCAAGACAUCGUACAAUGAACCACAGGAAAAGAACAAGUAGGGAGCUCCUGGAAGCACGUGUUCCCUCAGUCGCCUGGGCACCCGCUGCUUCACCAGUCCACUCCAAGUCGUAGCUUUCCAUUCCUACCCUCCAAUAAAUGAUGGCUUGUACUUUUUCUCAUUUUGAUAGAAAAUAAUAAUGUUCAAAUGAAACAAUGUGACAAAUUAUGGAUGAAAAUGUUAAUAUGCAACAAAUCUCUGAAUGGUUCCAAGCCUCCAAAUACAAGAAAAAAUUAAAGGAAUAGAAUGUGUUUUAUUUUUUCUAGUUACAGCUAUAUAAUUGAAUUUUAUAAGCUAUUAAUCUUAUCAAAAAUAUGCUUCUCCAAUAAUUUGGAGCAACUAUAUAAUCAUUUGUUCGUAGUUAUGGUAAGUACAUAAAUUUUUAAAUGUAUCUAGGGCUUACUGUUCUCUUUUUUAAAAUAAUACUCAGAACAAUUAUUUUUCAAUCAAAUGCAUCAUUUUGCCAAUUGUUUAUACAGGCAGUAACAUAAAUAUGAAAAACAAGAUUAAAAUCAAAAUUUGACUUAAGAAAAUUUGGAAGAUUUUGAAUAUGUUUUUAUCUUCUAUUUGGUUGACAUAUUUAGUACUGCAGAGGACAGUUUUCUUUUUGAUAAAUAAUUUACAGAUGUUUAAAUGUACUUUCAAUGACAGAAUUAUAGUUAAAAUCUGUGUGGUUUACUAUCAUUUUGCUACUGAACACAUACUACUUGCUUCUGUUUUCUGCCAUUAAGACAUCUGUAGAAUUUUAAUGCAUAAGUCUAUUUUUUCACUCAAAUUCUUUAACAGUUUGAAAAGUGAAUGUGAUUAAGUUCAUGUUUUUGAGUUAUAUAACUAAUUCAUACUCAUACAAACUCUGAGAGCUAAGUGGCCAGAAAAAUUUAAUUCGAUAUAACUGUUCCUAGUUCUUUUAUGAUUUUAGGGAUGUAUUGCAAAUGUAGUAUUAAAUUGCAUUCAUGCUUCAUGACUGGACAAUACAAAUUUUUAAAACCAAAUGUCAUAGUCAGUGAUUGUUAGUUUGUAUUGUACAGACUCAUGAACCAUCUUAAUGGUGUGUAUGAUUCUGAAAUAUAUACAAUUAAUAAAUCUGUACAGAAUAAUUUUGCAUAUUUUUACUUGUAAAAUCACAGCAUUUUAUCAAUUAUAGAAUGUGGUUUGGUGUAGGGAACGUUCCUCAAGCUCAUCUGACAGCAGUCGCUGACACCAUGGUCUAAGUAAGCCAAACAGUCUGGACAGAGAAACUGAGGUAAUGGGAAAGACUCGCCAUGUAAUGAAGGUCUUUGCAGCUGUUGAGGCUGAAUUUGAGCUGAGGGGAGGCCUCAUUCUGCCGUGUAUCCCAGAAAGCUGUGAUGUGAGCUUGCCCACACUGCUUUGCCCCAUGCGUGUGCAGGAGCUUGCCAUUCCCCAGUCCUUUGUUUCAGACCUGUUGCUGGACAGAAUUGCUUAGGCAUGCUUGGUUUGUUUACACUACCUGGACCCUCAAAGUAUAG